CAACAUACGCAGAAAAAAAUAAAACACAAAACCCAUCUCUCUCUCUCUCUUCUUCUCUUUCUCUCUUAAACUCACAAGAUUAAGGUGAAACGCCAGAGAGAGACACCAUGGCAGACCCAGCAACGUCGUCGUUUUUGUCUAUCAUGAUCAGCUGGUUCACGCCCACCUCUCUAUUCCUAUUCGUCAACCUCGUGAUCGGCACCAUCGUUCUCUCCUCUCGCUUUGGGACCCACAAAAACCCUGAACAGCACCAUCAAGAUCAGCUCACUCCUCACAGCUCGCACCAGCUCGUCCGUACGCCAUCGCUCUUGGACCGGGUCAGGUCCUUCAACUUCUCUCACUACAAGUUCGAACAACCCAACCCGGAACCCGAACACGUGGCACCAGAGCACGUAAACCCGGCCGGGUUAACUCGGACUCCCUCGCUCUUGGAACGGCUCGAGUCGAUGGAUUUCUCCACUCUGUUGAGAUCGGAAAAGCCUGGCACAGAAACUAGACAUCUUGACCCGAAUGAGUCCGUGCACGAGACCCAUGAUCCAAACCCGAGGCGCGAGAAUUUGGUUCAUCGGAGCAAGUCGGAGUCGGGUGGUGGAGCUCCGGUGCACCAUCACGAGCAGAUAAGAAAGUCUGUUAGCGAGAAAUCGCCGCUGGGAAGGGUUGAAGGAAACGACGACGUAGGGGACGACGGAAGGCCGAGGGUGGUGAAAACGAGGUCGUUUGGGGGCCUCGAAGGGGUUGACGCGAAAGCUGAUGAUUUUAUCAACAGGUUUAAGCAGCAGCUGAGGCUGCAAAGGGUUAACUCUCUCUUGCGUUACAAAGAAAUGCUUCAAAGAAAAUAAAAAAACAAAAAAUAGUUAUAGUAGGUAUUUUUUUUGGGGGGGUUUUUUUUUUCUCAAGGUGGGUUUCGUUGGCUGUGAUGUGAGAUUGUAACCAUUUUUUUCCUUUUUCAUCCUUUUUUGAAUAUUAGUAUUUUCCUGGAACCGAGGCCUUUCAUGGUGUUCAAAGCGUCACAAGGCAGCUGAGAAAACUCAAAUCUCAGACCAGUUCGUCAACCAAAUUAAAUAUUAAUAAAAGAGUUAAGAGUAGGUACGUUUUAUAA